CUCCUCCUCCCCCGCCUCUCCACUUUCCUCCCCUCCCUCCCGCCUCCCACCACCAAAAUUUCCCCCACUUUCCCGCCUGUCUCCUCCAGUCCCCGCACGAUGGCCUCGCCGGCGAAGCGCGCGAGGCCCCCGGCCUCGUCCCCGGUGGACCCCCCCGCGUCGCCGCCGGCGCCGGAGGACCCCUGCGUCCUCCUCCGCCGCAGCUGGGAGCUCGCGUCGGUGCUCCACUUUCUCCGGGUGUUUGAGCCGGUGAUCGAGGGGAACCUGGGGCUAUCAGCGGAGGAGAUCGAGACCGCGCUCAUCGCCAAUAACCACGACCUUGCCCGCAUCCAUAUUGCGCUUAUAAAGGGAAUACCACCAACUAUCAAAAAUCUGAAGGUCGAUGAUGGAUGGAUAACGGCAACUGCCAAGAAAUUAUCAGAUUGGUGGACAUGGGUUGCUGAAGGUGCAAACCCGUUCAAAAUUAAUCCAGGGAAGGAAAUUGACACGUAUAAACAGCAAGAUCCGAUUAAACGCUUGUUGAUACUUAAAGCACUCUGUGAAGUUCGUUCAGAGCAAAAUGACGCGGUAUGGUAUGUUAAUGACGAGAUGAAAAGAGGAGUUGAUAUUUCCAAUUUCCGAAAAGAAAAGUUAGGAAGUAGUAGUAACGGAACUAUAUACUGGUAUGAUGGUGACUCAACUAUUGGCCAUAGAUUGUAUAGUGAGUAUGUAACACUUGAUUUCAAGCGCAACUUGAAGGGAAAGAAUGGUCGUUUGACAAAGCCAGUUAUCAAUAUUCAGUGGGAAACAGUUGCGACUAACCUUGAUGAGUUCGUUGAGAUAUCGGAGAAACUAUGCAGUAAAGGUCGACCGGAAUCUGCCAUCGGCGAGCAUCUUAAGACAGAAAUUAUUCCAGAUGUGGAGAAGCUUCAAAAGAAGAAGGAGCGGGAUUUAAAACGUCAGCAGAAGAAGGAUGAACUUUUAGCUUAUGCUACAAGUUUCCAAACCCGUUCAUUGCGUGAACGUAGGCCUGUCAGCUACAAUUACUCUGAUUACGAUCGUUCUAUAAAGGAGGCAAUAAAAGCUGCAGCGAAAUCAAAAGAAUCUGAUCCACAGGAGGCAGGCAAAAAAGAGAAGCGUGCCUCACAUCAGGGCAAUAAAGGAGCCAAUGGAGGGUCUGACAUUGGUCCAGAGCAGAAGGAAGAUGGACAGGAGGAUGCUGGAGGGUCUGACGUCAAUCCGGAGCAGGACAAAGAUGGCGGACAGGAGGAUGUCGAGUCCCUUGAUGACCUGAGUUCUGAUGAGGAUGAAGACAGAGACUACAAUGGUAAGGAUGAUGACUCGUCAGGCAGCGAUGGAGAAAAUGAUGUUGGCAGUGAUGGAGAAAAUGAUGCUUAUGAUCCCAACAAGGGUGAUACUGAAGAGGAGGAAGUAUUUGUCCCACGUAAGAGGACUCGUCUUGCCUCCCGUCGGUUUGACAAGCCUCCGCAAGGGCUCCGCCGGAGUCGGAGAAAUAUGAAAAACGACGAAGACGUCAUGCGCCCAGGACAGCUUACUCCUCGAUCCAUGACAAAGAAAACAAUGAGGCAGAGGCCAACAUCUAUCUCAAAGCAGUUUUCUCUAUCAGGCUCGGAAGAUGAUCGUGAAAUGAUAGUUGCAGACUCUGAGGAGGAGUCCGGCUCACCUUAGAUAAACUUAUGCCCCCUUUUGCAUUUUGUUUGUUGGAAGCUUGUGAAUUCAGUAGUUCAGUCCUCUCACCAGCUUCCAAUUGUAUCAGGUAGGGGAAAGCAGGCAGCACCAGCCACUACUUACCACCCAGUUGCUGUGGUGAUUGUACAUAUGCGUCAACUGCGCGCGUCACCACUUAGGUCUAGUUUAUGAGAACUUCUGUUUAUCACGAUGUCGCUGCUUGCUGUGAAAUAUUUUGUGCCUGUACUUUGGGCGUUGGAGGGAGUUGAAUUUCUGCUGUUUUUGAUGGUGUCAGAAGUGGAUCAGCUGGGAUUUGAUCA